GGGAAGGCUCCGCGCACGCGCAGAGCGGGGGCAGAAGAAGGCAGAGUCCCUGCGUCCACUGGCAGCUCUCUAGCCCGCUUUGUAUUUCCUCUUUUCUGUGUGUCUUCCUUUCCCCCACCUCAUUAUUAUUAUUAUUUCCACCCAUUUCCUCGCCUCUUUAAACCUGGCUCUCAGAGUUCUUCUCUCUGCACUUUGUUUCAAACGUCUCUCUCUCUCUCCUGAUACUUUUUUAAAAGCACCUUCCCACGUGUCCCUCAAGCUUCACCUGCCAACUAUCUCAACCUCAUCUACUUUUUGCAGAAGGAGCUGUGCAGUUCCAUGUUGCAGCAGCUUUAAAUAAGUCCUGGUCUGUGAGAUGCCACGUGCACUGCUUCCCCCUCCCACGGCCCUAAUUUUUCCCUUCCUUUUUCUGAGUGUGUAAAGGUCAGGGAUGGAGGUGGCCAAAGGGGUCUCUGAGGGACCUGGGAGUCCCUUUUUGCAAGAAGGCACCUGUGCUGGUGGUGGCUCAGGGCUUACCCAGCGCCAAAGUCCAGUCGCCCCAUCUCCACCCUUACAGGACGGACCUCAGUUGCAGUCCGCAGCAUCAUUCAGUAGGGAAGGCAGAGAAAGCAGUGAGAUUCAGGUGUCCAUAAUUCUGCCAGUUUACAAUGCUGAGUGCUGGCUGGAUGAAUGCCUGAAGUCUGUUCUGGAGCAAGACUUCCAAGGUUCCAUGGAACUAUCUGUUUUUAACGAUGCUAGUAUGGACAAUUCAGGAAAUAUAUUAAAAAAGUGGAAGGUUCUAUUGGAAGAAGCAGGCAUUAAGAUGGUACUUGGAGAAAAUGAUUCAUCUCAGCCACGAGGAGUGGGCUUUGCUAAAAAUCAUGCAAUAGAUCAGAGCUCGGGGACUUACCUGUGCUUUCUGGAUUCUGAUGAUGUGAUGAUGCCCCAGAGAAUUAGACUGCAGUGGGAAGCUGCUAUGCAGCAUCCAGAAAGUAUUAUAGGUUGCCAAAUUGAGAGAGAGCCAGCAGAGGCAACUGAGCGAUACACUCGAUGGAUCAAUAAUCUAACCUGUGAGCAGCUUCUUACUCAGGUUUUUACCUCCCAUGGACCAACUGUAAUUAUGCCAACUUGGUUCUGUUCCCGAGAAUGGUUUUGUCAUGUGGGCAGAUUUGAUGAAGCGGGAAAGGGCACCCCAGAAGACCUGCUGUUCUUUUACGAACAUCUCCGAAAAGGUGGUGGAGUAUUUCGAGUCAAUCAGUGCCUCCUUCUGUACCGUUACCAUCCACAGGCGGCAACUCAUUCAGUUCUAGAGGGAACCAUCUGGACACACCGUGUCUUGUUUCUGGAAGAGAGAAUCCUCAGUCGGUGGACUUUCUUCACCAUUUGGAAUGCUGGCAAACAGGGAAGGAAGCUCUUUAGGAGUUUGACUCCAGCUAAUCAGAAAAAAGUGGCUGCAUUUUGCGAUGUGGAUACAAAUAAAAUCUCAAAAGGAUUCUAUACUUAUGAAGAGUCGAAGGAAAAUCCCAAGCCCAGAAUCCCCAUCCUGCAUUUCAGAGAUGCUACCCCACCUUUCAUUAUUUGUGUGAAGUUGGAUUUGACAGGUGGACAGUUUGAGGAAAACUUGAAGCUGUUGAAUCUGAAGGAAGCUGUGGAUUAUUAUCAUUUUAACUGAAGAAUAUGGUGCACUGGAAGGCUUUAUGUUGCUAGACAAACCAGAGGAGAU